AUGGACCAUUCGCUGUCCAAUCCGCCGCUGCAUUGGGGCUACUCGGGCUCCGCUGCCAACCCGGCCUCGUCGUGGCAACCGGUGCCCAAUAAUCGCGGUACCAAGAGACCAUUAUCGGAGAGUGAUUGUGACGAUGUUUACUCGGAGGAAUCUUCCAAGGAACAAUGUACCUCUCCUGGAGACGCUGAUAGCUGUCAGAUGUUGUCCAGAAAAAAACGUCGAGGUGUCAUUGAGAAAAAACGAAGAGACCGAAUAAAUAUGUCGUUGUCAGAACUAAAAAGACUGGUGCCCAGUGCCUUCGAGAAGCAAGGGUCUGCGAAGUUAGAGAAAGCAGAAAUUUUGAAGAUGACAGUGGAUCAUCUGAAAAUGUUGCACGCUAAAGGUUUGGAUUCUUUCGCAUUUGAUCCACACAAAUACGCUGUUGACUACCACGGAAUGGGCUUCCGAGAAUGCUUAACAGAAGUCACCAGGUAUUUAGAACGAAUUGAAGGUAUGGACGCUCAGAAUCCACUUCGAUUGAGACUGACUUCCCACUUGCAAUGUUGCGCUGCUCAGAAAGAGCUAGCUCUGAAACAAGCAACCUCCGCACCGUGGAGUUACGGAAGUUCUCAAGCAUAUCCACCACCAUUAAACCCACUGCAGUCGCCGAAUCAUGGUUCGUUAAACACGCAUCAACCUCCACCGUUAGUUCCACCGAUUCAUCAUCAGAAUAUGCAUCACGAUCUGGGCCAUUAUGAUGUUUCAACGUCUUGUACUCAGAGUAUAGCUCCAGUGCCUUCGCCGGAUAGUAGAUUGGCUCCUUCGACGUCAAUAUUGACUCCUUUGACUACAACCACGUCUUCAGCUCUGGCGUACAGUCCUCAUCAUCAAUACCCACCGCCUGUGAAUGCUUUUGGUAUUCCGUCUUCUAGUCACCAUCAAAAUUACAGCCAGAGUGUGCCUACGUCGCAGGGAAUGAAGCCUUACAGGCCUUGGGGUGCCGAGGUGGCCUACUGAUGUUCGGUGAAAUAGUGUAUAUAGUUCAAACGUGUCCAAUGCCUUAAAUGCUGUGCUUUAAAAAUUAAAAAAGAAAUAUGGUGACGAAAUAGCUGUCGGAUGAGGAAGAGCACCGUGUAUACUCGAGUAACAUGUUGUUAAAUUAUGUAUACAGAAAUUAUUUUUUUGUUUCUGAUAAAAGUGAUAAUAGCACCUGCACAAAGGCUUAGGCUAGUCAUUUGCUGUACCUAACAGAAGGAAUUUGGCAAUUUUUUAAUUUAUUCUUUGUAAAAUAGUGGAAACUAAGAGUGACAUAGGGUAUUUAUAUAGAUUUUUGUACAUAUUUUUAUGAU